AUGUACCACGACCCGUUCCUGGACAAGGUCCUGAAGCCGGAUCUGGUGCUCCUGGCCUCCCCCCUCAGCAGCCUCAAGGUGCUCAACAGCCGCCUCCUGGCUACCCUCAGCAGCCACAGUUCCAGCAAGGCUUCUACCCGCCCUAUGGACAGCGCUUCCCCCCCUCCUCCUUUCCCACCAGGACCGGGUGGCUAUCCAAAUAUGCCAUAUGGGGCGCCGCCAGGCUGGUAUCCUCCACCUGGUCCGGGUUUUCCUCAGGGACCGGGUCAGUUCCCUCCCCAGAUGCCCAUGGGUGGCCCCGGCCAGCAGCAGCCGCCGCCCCAGCAACAGAGGCCCGGUCCCCCAGGACCCCCCACGGGCCCCAGUGCCACCUCUGAAUUACCCUCGGGAGAGAAGAUCCCCAGCAAGCCUGCAACACCGGCGGCUCAGAAUGCCCCACCUCCCCCGGUCGAGUCGAAGCCUUCCGUGGCCGAAGCUGUUCAGGGCUCGACUGGCUCUAAGUCUGUUCCAGGAUAUAGUGCCCCUCAACGAAAUGGCCGGGCUAUGCCAGCUAUUCCUAUCGCUGCACCAAAGCCUGUUGUCCCGAUGUCCACUGCUCCUGCUGUCGCCUCACAAGGUGCUGUAGCGACCGAUGCCACAACUGCUGCCGCAAAUGCUGUUGCUGCUGCCAUGGCUAAGCUCCCUCAGCCUGGUGCACAGAAGAAGCCAGUCCAAGGCCAGCCUGACGCUUCCCUUGAUACUGUCACUCGUAAGAUGAACGAGAUGCGCCCUUAUGAUGGCACACAGGCCCCACGGGGUGGUCAUCAGUACCCCCGGGGCGGCCGUGGCGGUGCUCGUGCUCCGCACAAGAAAAUCGAAAUCCCCAAGUCGGACUACGAUUUCGAAACCGCGAAUGCCAAGUUCAACAAACAGGACCUGGUAAAGGAGGCCAUUGCUACCGGGUCUCCUGCUGCCGAAGCUGAAUCACACGAAUUCCACGAACAGGAAGUUGAUGACAGCGCCACGCACAAUCAAUACAAUCGCACGUCUUCUUUCUUCGACAACAUCUCAAGCGAAGCUCGUGACCGUGAGGAGAACUCUACGGGCCGUCUCGGUGGUCGCGAGUGGCGUGGCGAAGAAGAGAAGCGUAACAUCGAGACAUUCGGACAGGGCAGUGUUGAUGGCUAUGGCCGCGGUCGCGGUCGUGGACGUGGACGUGGAUUUGGACGUGGACGUGGUUACCGAGGCGGCUACGGUGGUCGUGGCCGUGGUGGCCGUCCCCCCUCGCAGUCCACUGGUAUUCCUUCCCAGGUUUAA